AUGAGUCGCCAUCAAGGACGUUACGUCGAUUCCUUUAGCAUCACCCCAUCGUUUGGUAUGCAACACGGUGGGCAAAGAAGUUCAACGCACGGGGAGCAUCCGCAUUCGCAAAAUUAUCAGCACAGGCAGCAGCAAGAUCCGUAUAGGGGAUCUAACGAGUAUGAUACGUAUACGAAACUCAUAAUAGUUUCUCACGGGGAAACUAUCAAUGAGGUUUUCCCACAAUGGCUGAGACUUGCCUACAAAGCCGGAGAAGAAUAUUAUCAAGCUUACGACUUGAACAUGCCGGUAACCAUUCCUAAGCGUCCUGCUGAACAUUAUCGAUACGAUCCACCGCUUACUGAACAUGGCAAUUUUACCGCGGAGUUCAUAGGGAAAGGAAUAAAACUGGCAGGAUACGAUCCAUACAUGAUUUAUUCCUCACCUGAACUGAGAUGUGUACAAACGGCUGCUGGUAUCUCGCGCGCUGCUGGAGAUGUUCCAAUAUGCAUUGAGCCAGCUCUUGCCGAUUGGGCGCAGCUGGUCCCUGAAGAUUCCUCCAAGAACUGGCUCAGUUUUGACAAGCUUAAAUCAUUUGGAUAUCCCAUCGUUGAAGGAUACAGACCCCAUCUCUCCUCUCUGCCUAAACGUGAAUCGCCAGAAGACUAUCUUCGAAGACUCAGCUCAUUCGUCAAAGAUCUAUCGAAAUCAACAAAUAGAAUGGCCGUCCUCGUUACCAACUCACACGCAAUUGAGGUGGCCAGGAACAAUACAUGGACUACCGCCGAACAGAUUUGCCAGAUCAAGAAGAUGAUUCGCAAUUGCGCUACUUGCGAGGUUGGAGUUGAUUCAAAUAACAGGGUAACUGCGCUCCAACCCAUGAUGCUGCCAUUUACGAAGACUCUCAAGGAGGCUCAAGAAAAGACGAUGGCCAAGUAG